AUGGUGCAGCCUCGUCUUACCGAUGCAUUAUCCAAUUGCAAGGUUGAUGCUGCUCAAGGUUUGCGUGGAGUUCUCAUUAGAAUAAGAAGGUUUAAGUCGUUGGAAUCUCAAUAUUCAAAGGUACAUUUGAAACCAAUUAAACAACUUUGGGAAGACUUUGAAUCAAGAGAACGAGAUAAUAAGUCUGCAAAUGAGAAGAAUGAAAUGGAGAGAAUGUCGAGUGUUGGGAAUUUUCAGUCUGUUUCACCUACAAUAUCGUUCUCCAAUUGGUUACCAAGCUUUUAUGAUGAGAUACUACUUUAUCUUGAACAAGAAUGGAAAUGGUAUCAUUACUGA